AAGACUGUUCGAUUUUCGGGAUUUUUUUUCUUAACGAAACUCUCCGUCUCCUUGCGGAAUCCAGACGAAACCAGCAGAUAGCGGUCAAUAUAGCGGAGCAUCGGCUGCCGAGAGGAAACAGAACGAUGGCGGAAACACAGAGCCUAGAGCAAUUCAAAGGGCAAGCGCGACUUCCCAAGUUCGCUGUCCCAAAGCGAUACGACCUCUUCCUCAAACCUGAUCUCGAUGCCUGCAAGUUCACCGGCACAGUCGAGAUCACUGUCGAUGUUGUUGGGGAUACGCGGUUCCUGGUCCUCAAUGCCGCCGAUCUCACCGUGGGGAAUGAGUCGAUUUGGUUCAAGGGUCACGGUUCUUCAGAGAAACUGUAUCCGACAGAGAUCACCACAGUUGAGAUAGAUGAAUUAUUGGUGCUUUUGUUUAGCGAUGUCCUUCCGCAUGGCGAAGGAUCUUUGUGGAUUGGAUUUGACGGAAUCCUAAAUGAUCGAAUGAAAGGGUUUUACAGAAGUGCUUACAAGCAUAAUGGUGAGAAUAAGAAUAUGGCGGUGACCCAGUUCGAGCCCGCCGAUGCUAGACGCUGCUUCCCAUGUUGGGAUGAACCUGCAUUCAAGGCUGCUUUCAAGAUAAUUUUGGAAGUACCUUCUGAUCAUGUAGCAUUGUCAAAUAUGCCAGUUUCUAAGGAAGAAGUAAACGGGAAUGUGAAGAAGCUAUUUUACCAGGAAUCUCCCAUUAUGUCUACUUAUUUGGUUGCUAUUGUUGUGGGUUUGUUUGAUUUUGUAGAGGCCUCCACAACUGAUGGGAUUAAUGUUCGAGUCUACUGCCAAGUCGGUAAAAGUAACCAAGGAAAAUUUGCUUUGGACGUAGCUGUGAAAACGUUAGAUCUUUACAAAGAGUACUUUGCUGUUCCUUAUCCACUCCCUAAACUUGACAUGAUUGCCAUUCCGGAUUUUGCUGCUGGUGCCAUGGAGAACUAUGGCUUAGUGACUUAUAGAGAAACGGCUCUUCUCUAUGAUGAGCGUCAUUCAGCAGCUGCAAAUAAACAAAGGGUGGCAACUGUUGUUGGACAUGAAUUGGCACAUCAGUGGUUUGGUAAUCUUGUAACCAUGGAAUGGUGGACUCAUUUAUGGCUUAAUGAGGGAUUUGCAACAUGGGUUAGCUAUUUAGCAGCAGAUUCCUUGUUUCCUGAAUGGAAAAUAUGGACACAAUUUCUUGAUGAUACUGUUUCAGGCCUUAGGUUGGAUGCUCUUGCGGAAUCACAUCCUAUUGAGGUUGAUAUAAAUCAUGCUAACGAGAUUGAUGAAAUUUUUGAUGCGAUCAGUUACUUAAAAGGAGCCUCUCUUAUACGAAUGUUGCAAUGUUUCCUUGGUGCUGAGUGUUUUCAGAAAUCAUUGGCUUCAUAUGUGAAAAGAUAUGCUUUUUCCAAUGCAAAAACCGAAGACUUGUGGGAUGUUCUUGAGGAAGGGUCCGGUGAACCAGUAAAGAUGUUGAUGAAUUCAUGGACAAAGCAAAAGGGUUAUCCAGUUGUUCAUGUGACUUUGAGAGAUGAAAAAUUGGAGCUUGAACAGUCUCAUUUUCUGGCAAGUGGUUCCACUGGGGCUGGGGAGUGGAUUGUUCCUAUCACAUUGUGCUGUGGUUCAUACGCAACUACGAAAAAGUUUCUUUUAGAAACAAAAUCAGAGCUUAUUGAUGUUUCUCAACUUUUUGAUUCUUCAGUCACUAAUACUGGAGAAAAAGCUGGAUUCUUUUGGAUCAAAUUAAAUGUUGAUCAAACAGGUUUUUACAGGGUGAAAUAUAAUGGCGAACUUGAAACUGGAAUCAGAUAUGCAAUAGAGAACAAUAAACUAUCUGCAACGGACAGAUUUGGGAUCUUGGAUGAUUCAUAUGCACUAUGUAUGGCUUCCAAGCAGAAUUUGUCAUCAUUGCUAUCUUUAAUGACAGCUUAUAGACAAGAACCUGAGCAUACUGUCAUUUCUCACUUAAUCAGCGUGAGUUACAAGGUAGUAAGCAUGAUAGCUGAUGCCAGUCCUGAGUUGUCUCAUAGCAUCAAGCAAUUUGUAAUUAGGCUCCUCCAGCAUUCUGCGGACAGGUUAGGUUGGGACCCAAAAGAGGGAGAGAGCCAUUUGGAUGCAAUGUUAAGAGGAGAAGUCUUGAGUGCUUUAGCUCGGUUUGGACAUUCUGCUACUCGAGAUGAAGCGUUGAAGCGCUUUGAUGCCUUCUUGAAUGAUAGGGAUACCUCUCUCCUUCCUCCUGAUACCAGAUAUGCUGCUUAUGUUGCUGUCAUGCGAGGGGUUGAUAAGACAAAUAAAUACGGAUACGACUCUCUUCUAAAGAUUUAUAGAGAAACUGAUUUAAGCCAAGAGAAAACCCGGAUAUUGACGUGUUUGGCGUCUUCCCCUGACCCAGAUAUUGUUUCGGAAGCUUUAAACUUUGUCCUUUCAUCAGAGGUGAGGAAUCAAGAUGCGGUUUAUGGAAUCGCUGGAAUAAGCAGGGAAGGACGAGAAGUUGCAUGGAGGUGGUUAAAGGAAAAAUGGGAAUACAUCUCAAAGACUUGGACUGGAUUUCUGAUCACUCGUUUUGUUAGCUCCAUCGUUUCUCCGUUCUCUUCUGACGAGAAAGCUGAUGAAAUCGAAGAAUUUUUCGCAAGCAGAGUCACACCUGCAAUAUCCAGAAACUUAAAACAGAGCCUGGAAAGAGUUAGGAUUAAUGCAAACUGGGUGAGAAGCAUCAGGAACGAAGAUUCGCUUGAUGCUGUUAUAAAGGAGUUGGCUCAGAAGUAUUGACGGGCACUUAUGUUUUCUUUUAAAGUAAUCAAAACUCCAUUGAACUUCAAACAUGGUGGAAUUAAUUUUUAUUUGAUCUAUUAUGUUUAUUCAUGUAAUAAACAGAUUUUAAGAAACUAUGUUUUUUUAAUAUUUAUAUAUGUUUUAUGAAAGUUUGGAGGCGGCCAAAUUUGUGGUCUUUACUUCAAAUUGUUGGUUUUUUUUUUGUAAUUUUCUUUAAUUUUGGUAAAUAAAGCCCAAUUCUUUUUGGGAAA